AUGGGGUGCAAGGCAUGCCAGAAGCCCAAGGUGCAGUACCGGAAGGGCCUGUGGUCGCCGGAGGAGGACGAGAAGCUCCGCGACUACAUCCUCCGCUACGGCCACGGCUGCUGGAGCGCUCUGCCCGUCAAGGCUGUGCUGCAGCGCAACGGCAAGAGCUGCAGGCUGCGAUGGAUCAACUACCUGAGGCCGGGGCUGAAGCACGGCAUGUUCUCCCGGGAGGAAGAGGAGACCGUCAUGAACCUCCACGCCAAGCUGGGCAACAAGUGGUCUCAGAUCGCACGGCAUCUGCCAGGCCGGACCGACAACGAGGUGAAGAACUACUGGAACUCGUACCUCAAGAAGCGCGUCGAGGGCGGCGCGCAGGGCAAGCAGGGCGCGGCGGACCCGGCGACACCCGCCCGUUCCGACGUGCACGGGAGCCCGGACCCCAGCAAGAACGGCCAGGGGUCUGUCGUCGUCAGCCGGCCGGCGAACUCCGACUCAUCCGAGCCGGCCGUGGAGUCAUCCUCGGCCGACCACUCCAGCUACCUCACCGUCAACGAGCCUGCGGGCGCGGGCACCGCGGUGCGACCGCACGCACCCGUGCUCCCGAAGGUCAUGUUCGCGGACUGGCUGGACAUGGACUAUGGAACCAGCCUGGUGGCACUGGGUCCGGACGCCGGUGUCUUCGACGUGGGCGGCCGCAGCCCGGCCCAGCAGGGCCUGAGCCACCAGGGGUCCGUGCAGGUCGACGGGUCGUGCGGUGCCGUGGAUUCCCUGCACGGGCUCGGCGUCGGCGGCAUGUGCUGGGAGUUCGACGCGGCGGCAGAUCAGUUGGACGUGCAGGGAGGAGGGUUCUGCGAUUUGCUCUCCAUGAGCGAGUUCCUUGGGAUCAACUAG